AUGUCGAUGCCAGCAGGGCGGCUCUUUGGCACAGGAGAUGGGUAUGUCUGGAACGGCACAUUUGGCUGUGCUGAUGAGCUGAGGCUGGUGAAUGGAAGCAGUCCCUGUGCUGGGAGAGUGGAGGUUAAACACCAGGAGCAGUGGGGGACAGUGUGUGAUGAUGGCUGGGGACGCCUUGAGCCCCAGCUGAUUGGAGGGAACACUGCCUGCUCAGGACGAGUUGAAAUAAGACACGGAGACACAUGGACCACAGUCUGUGAUUCACACUUAGACUUCAAAGCUGCCAGUGUUAUCUGUAAAGAAUUAGACUGUGGAACAGUUGUAUCCACCCCAGGAGGAGCGCACUUCAGCAAAGGAUAUGGGUCAAUCUGGUCUGAGAAGAUCCAUUGCAUGGGGAAUGAAACACGCCUUGUGUACUGUCCCAGAGCACUGCAUCCUAAUGAGACAUGUUCACACUCGAGUGAUGCCAGCAUUGUAUGCUCGGGGUACGGUGGGUACAGGCUGACAAAUGGCAGCACAAGGUGUUCGGGGAGAGUGGAGCUUCUCCACGGAGGCAUCUGGGGAACCCUCUGUGACUCCCAGUGGGAUUUGCAGGCUGCCCACACCCUCUGCCAGCAGUUUGACUGUGGAUUAGCCAUGUCGAUUCCAGCAGGGCAGCUCUUUGGCACAGGAGAUGGGUAUGUCUGGAACGGCACAUUUGGCUGUGAGAGAAACAAAUCCCGCCUGAGGGACUGUCCUGUUACUGCGCUAGGCACAACUGAGUGUCCCCCUGGGAGUGAAGCCAGUGUGGUGUGUUCAGGGUGCUCAGACGGCAGGUUAGUGAAUGGCACCGAGUGCUCUGGGAGAGUAGAGAUCCGGCAUGGAGUCACAUGGGGAAGCCUCUGUGCCUCCCACUGGGAUUUGCAAGAUGCCAACGUCCUCUGCCAUCAGCUGAACUGUGGAUAUGCCAAGUCUAUCCAGGGAGGAGCUCAUUUCGGGGAAGGGAGUGGAACCGUAUGGAGCGACACUUUUCAUUGUGAAGGGACUGAAUCCUGCCUGUGGGAUUGUUCUCGCAUGGCCCUGGGCAACCCAGCCUGCUCCCCUAGAGACACGGCCAGGGUUAUUUGCUCAGGUCGUUCUGAGUCACUCAGGCUGUUGAAUGGAGAGAGCCAGUGUGAUGGCAGAGUCGAGAUUUCCCUCCAUGAUGUGUGGGACAGGGUGUUGGAUGAUCAGUGGGACAUGAACGAUGCCAGCGUGGUGUGCAGGCAGCUCCAGUGUGGAGUUGCUGAGAAAGCUUAUAACCCUCCUAAGUCUGAGCGAGGAACGGGCCCUGUGGGGCUGAGAAGGGUCCAGUGUGCAGGAAAUGAGACUCGUCUGACUCUCUGUGACAACUCCACGUCUGAGACAGCCCAGGCAGGAAUUGCUGAGGAUGUCGGUGUAAUUUGUUCAGGAAGCAGGCGGAUCAGACUGGUGAAUGGGACAGGUCGCUGUGCCGGGAGAGUGGAGAUUUAUUACAACGGCAGCUGGGGGACAGUCUGUGAUGAUUCCUGGGAUCUGUCAGACUCCAAUGUAAUUUGCAAACAACUGGGAUGUGGACAUGCCAUCAAUGCAACUAUCUCCGCUCAUUAUGGGCAAGGAUCCGGGCAGAUCUGGCUGGAUGAUGUGAACUGCUCUGGGAAUGAAUCCGAUCUCUGGGCCUGUCCUUCCAGGGGCUGGGGCCAGCACAACUGCAGACACAAAGAGGAUGCGGGAGUUCUCUGCUCAGAAUUCACAGAUCUGAGGCUGGUGAGUGACAGUGACUGUGCUGGACGGCUGGAGGUUUUCUACAAUGGGACGUGGGGCAGUGUUUGCUCCAAUGGGAUGCCUGGAGUCACUGCAGCAAUUGUCUGCAAACAAUUGAACUGUGGAGAUGGAGGGCAGAUAGCAAGAGACUUUGCAUAUGGAGAAGGUUCUGGUCCCACGUGGCUGGACCAUGUUGCAUGCAGUGAGCAGCACAGAUUCCUUUGGCAGUGCCCAUCAGGCAUGUGGAAACAGCAGUCCUGUGAUAACCGUGCAGAAGAGACCCAUAUUUCUUGCAGUGGAAUAAAACAAAAAACAUCUCAGACCUUGUUUGCUGAAUGCCCGAAUUCUACAAGCUGCACAGACCAGGAGAAGUUACGUGUCGUGGGAGGAGAGGACAGAUGCUCGGGCAGAGUGGAGAUUUGGUACCGUGGCUCCUGGGGAACAGUUUGUGAUGACUCCUGGGACAUGGCAGAUGCUAACGUUGUGUGUAAACAACUGGGCUGUGGAUCUGCUGUAUCUGCCCAGGGCGAGGCUGCAUUUGGCGAGGGGACUGGCCCCAUCUGGGUAGAGAUGCUGAAUUGCCGAGGGACAGAGUCAUCUGUCUGGAACUGUCCUGCCAAGCCCUGGGGUGAGAGUAACUGUGACCAUAAGGAAGAUGCUGCUGUGAAUUGCUCAGGUGUGACAGAGAGGACAGAUUCACUGACUAGAACAGCUCCCCCGCGCCGCCCUCUGACCGACAGUGAAAGAGUCACAGUGCCCAUGAUCAUCUGCAUUAUCCUGGGGGCCCUGCUCUGCCUGGUCUUAAUCAUCCUGGGGGUGCAAGUGCAAAGUGCCAAGGCACAGCGCAGAGGCUCCAGAAGAUCCCUGGACCCUUUCUCUGAGGCCGUGUACGAGGAGAUUGAUUAUAACCUGAUAAGAAAGAAGCAGAUGUUCAGUCGCUCAGAUGAUUCAGUGGCGAAGCUGCAGUAUUACACCGGGGAUAGUGAGGGGGAAAAUGAUCCUGCAUCAGAACAAGAAGGAUCUUUCCUUGGUGGUUCUCAGUUGGAUUACAAUAAUGUGGAGGAACCUGAAUCAAGCGACAUCCCCCAGACUCCAGAUGGUCAAGAGGUCCCUGCCUGGUCUGGAGGUGCCCCAUGGGACGGUUAUGAUGAUGCCAGAGAAGUUUCUAACACUGAAGAUGACCCUGUUUCUGGACUGAGUGCCCAGGAAGUCAUUGUGGACCAUGGGGACAGAGACAGGAACAGAGAUGAUCAGACUGGCUGGAGUCUGCACUCGCUAAGAAGUGAACGGGCGUCUGGGGCUCAGAGUGACGUCCUGUCCCCACCUCCUCAUGACCAGGGUUAUGAUGAUGUUGAUGAUGGCAUCUCUGGGACAUGAAUAUCAGAACGGCUGGGUUCAGAUCCUGUGAGGAUGUAGAUGCUGUAUGGUUAGACUCUUCCUGUCCCAAAUGUUCAUUCACCCAUGGGGGUAUCAGAGAAAAUCCCUGACUGGGAACUACUUGAAUCAGCUUUUUUUUUAUUGCAGUUUGUUUAGAUGCAAGAAAUGUAAGUGUGAUUGAGACAGGGGUUGUGAUUGUCCCCUGUAACUUCCCAUUGAUCAGACAGUCUGGAACUUCCCUGCUUUUGUGUUCCUAACAUUUCUUCAUUGCUUUUCUUUUUCGCUUUUUCUUAUGAAACCCUUUUUGAAGAUC